GCGCAGUCGGCAAACACUGGGACUCCAUUCCAGUGUGUCAGUGAGGGUUCCCUGAGCCUCGCAUCCUGAACAGCUGCCUGCUGUGGCAACUUCACCUGCUUUAUAAACACAAACAACUUGACCAUGAGCGGAGAUCAUGGACAUGGAGACUCACAGGUCAAUUCCGGAUCUAAAGGAAGCGACACCCACAAACAUAAAGACAAGCACAAAGACAAGGAACACAGACACAAAGAGCACAAGAAGGACAAGGAGCGAGAGAAAUUCAAGCACGGCAACAGCGAACAUAAGGACCACUCUGAGAAGAAACACAGAGACAAAGACAAAGAGAAGCCGAAGCACAGCGAUGGCAGCUCAGACAAGCACAGGGAAAAACACAAAGACAAGGACAAAGACAAAGAGAGGAGGAGAGAAGAGAAGAUCAAAUCAUCCCAUGUAGACAAGCCUAAAAAGGAGAAAGAAAAUGGAUAUGUAAGAGAUACAAGUCCUGCUGCCAUUAAGAGCGAGCCUGAUGAAGACAACGGCUUCUACCCCUCUCCCCAACACAACAAGACCUCCAAACGAGAGUAUAAUGAUGAAGAAUUUGAAUACAAGCCCAAAAAAGUCAAGACAGAGCAUGACAAAAAGGCCAAGAAGAGGAAACACGAGUAUGAAGAGGACGAGGAGGAUGAGGAUGUCAAGCCCAAAAAGAAGACAAAAGACAAAAAGGUAACAGAGGGAAAGAAAUCCAAAAAAGAAGAAGAGGAGAGGUGGAAAUGGUGGGAGGAGGAAAGAUCUACUGAUGGCUCCAAAUGGCGCUUCCUUGAGCACAAGGGUCCAGUGUUUGCACCUCCGUAUGAACCCAUGCCUGACAAAGUCAAAUUUUACUAUGAUGGUAAGCCUAUGAAACUUAAUGCUGCUGCUGAGGAGGUCGCUACAUUUUUUGCCAAGAUGUUGGAUCAUGAGUACACCACUAAGGACAUCUUCAGGAAGAACUUCUAUAAGGACUGGAGGAAGGAAAUGACAUCAGAGGAAAAGUCUAAGAUCACCGACCUGAACAAGUGUGACUUCAGUGAGAUGAGUGACUACUUCAAGGCCCAAUCAGAGGCUAGGAAACAGAUGUCAAAAGAGGAGAAACAGAAAAUCAAAGAGGAGAAUGAGAGACUCCUCCAGGAGUACGGCUUCUGCAUCAUGGACAACCACAAGGAGAGGAUUGGAAACUUCCGCAUCGAGCCGCCAGGUCUGUUCCGUGGACGAGGCGAUCAUCCGAAGAUGGGCAUGUUGAAACGACGCAUCAGACCUGAAGACAUCAUUAUUAACUGUAGCAAGGACUCCAAGCACCCCAAACCUCCCGCAGGGUCAAAAUGGAAGGAGGUUCGCCAUGACAACAAAGUGACCUGGUUGGCAUCUUGGACAGAGAACAUCCAGGGCUCCAUCAAAUACAUCAUGUUGAAUCCUAGCUCUCGGAUCAAGGGGGAGAAAGACUGGCAGAAAUAUGAGACUGCUCGACGGUUGAAGAAGUGUGUGGAUCGCAUCCGUACCCAGUAUAGAGACGACUGGAAGUCGAAAGAGAUGAGGAUUAGGCAGAGGGCCGUGGCACUGUAUUUCAUAGACAAGCUUGCACUGAGGGCGGGUAACGAAAAGGAGGAAGGCGAGACAGCAGACACGGUCGGCUGCUGUUCACUGCGGGUGGAGCACAUCAAACUUUACCCCAAGUUGGACGAACAGGAAUACGUGGUGGAGUUUGACUUCUUGGGAAAGGACUCCAUCCGCUACUACAACAAGAUCCCCGUGGAGAAAAGGGUCUUCAAAAACCUGCAGCUGUUCCUGGAGAACAAGCAGCCUGAGGAUGACCUUUUUGACAGACUGAAUACUUCUAUUCUAAAUAAGCACUUACAGGAGCUGAUGGACGGCCUGACAGCCAAGGUCUUUCGUACCUACAACGCCUCCAUCACCCUGCAACAGCAGCUCAAGGAACUCGCCUGCCCUGAUGACAGCCUCCCAGCUAAAAUCCUGUCGUACAACCGAGCCAACCGGGCGGUGGCCAUCCUCUGUAACCACCAGAGAGCUCCACCCAAAACAUUUGAGAAAUCCAUGCAAAACCUUCAGACCAAGAUCGACGAGAAACAAAACCAGCUGUCAGCAGCCAGGAAGCAGCUGAAGGCUGCCAAGGCUGAUCACAAGGCUUCCCAUGAUGACAAGAGCAAAAAGGCUGUGGAGGUGAAGCGUAAAGCUGUCCAGAGGAUAGAGGAGCAGCUGAUGAAGCUUCAGGUUCAGGCCACAGACAGAGAGGAGAACAAGCAGAUUGCUCUGGGCACCUCCAAGCUCAACUACCUGGAUCCACGCAUCUCUGUCGCAUGGUGCAAGAAAUGGUCGGUUCCCAUCGAGAAGAUCUACAACAAAACCCAGCGGGAGAAGUUCGCCUGGGCGAUUGACAUGGCCGAAGAGGACUACGAGUUUUAAACGCACUUAAUGUUUCCCCUUUUCUAAACAUUGCCUUUGAUUGUAGAGAUGAUUUGUAGUUGAUGUCAAACGAUUCCACUGUGUGGUUACGACAGGACUGUGAAGGAGGGAGCUUUGUGGGAGCUGUGACCACAGUUUAAUAAAUGUGCUGUAUUUAUACAUAUAUAUAUAUAUAUAUAUAUAUAUAUAUAUAUAUAUAUAUAUAUAUAUAUAUGGAUUGGUUGUGAAUAUAGGGAAGUAAUUCCUGAACCAUUUGACCAAGCUGCCAAACGGCACGUCUCCUUAAAUACUGACAGUAGUGUGUAUGUAGCUGCAGCUAUCUGCCCAUGAUCAAACACCUAUGAACACAUUAGUAUUAUCUUUUGUCAGACACGACUGUACUGAGAUUUGUAAGCCAUCAGACUUAUCGAGACAUUCUAUAUUCUCAUAGAAUAAUGAAUUAAUAAAUGUUUGUAUGGGAGACUGCGAGGAGAGUUAAUAGGAUGAAUUUAUGGCACUGUGUGAAAGAUCGGUACAAUAAAAUGAUGACAGUGUGAAGAACAGAAACCCUAGCACUAUGCUCAUAUAAUUAUUAGCGCACAGAAUGUCAUCUUUUAUUUCCUUUUAGUUUGAUUUUGCUGUUUAUUUCAGGGAUGUAUAUACGUUUGUCAUUUUUCAGUAACUAUGAUUCAGUGUUUUAUAAAAUCGUGUGUUGUAUGCAUUGUCAGCAAGAAGCUCUUUAUCGCUCAUAUGCAACGUGUGUGUGUCUGUUCCCACAGUCUUACAAUGACAACAUUCCUCCUGGUUACAGCUGAAGCGCAGCAUCAUGUUUUGUGUGCCAGAGCUAAAAAGAGACUGUUCCUUCAGACAGAGACGUUUUCUAAGAGGGAUGUGGAUUUUGCCAAAAAAGAUCACAGAAGUCUAUCAUUGUAGUGUGCUGUUUGUAUUGCUGUGAUUAAGCAGAAAGUGUCCUCCUUAAUUUACAAAUGUGAAUGGAUAUUUUAACUUUUGUCACUAAUAUUUCUCGCUAUUUGAUCAUUUAUCACACGACUG